AUGCUCUUUCUAUAUACAACACUGAUAGCUUAUGUUUUGCAAAUAGCAUUAUUGUUAUAUGUUAAUGCUACGCAACAAUCAUCGAAAAUACCACGUCUACUUAUUAUUUCACUUGAUGGAUUUGGACAUAACUAUUUACAUGAACAUAAUUUACCUACACUUAAUCGAUUUCGUAAUGAAGGUGUACAAGCAAAACAUGGAAUGCAACCUACAUUUCCUACAAUGACAUUUCCUAAUCAUAUUUCAAUUGCUACAGGAAUGUAUCAAGAAGAUCAUGGUGUUGUAUAUAAUAUAUUUUACGAUCGAUUAUUGAAUAUAACUAUUGGAAUGAAUGAUCGUGACAAUCGACAAUGGUCUAACCCGAAAGUAGAACCUUUGUGGAUUACAGCAACGAAACAAAAAGUCAAAUGUGCUGUUUUAUUUUGGCCAGCAUGUCAAAAUAAAUUUAAUGGUAUACGUCCACUUAUCUAUAGUUGGUCAUACGCUGAUGAUAUACCUUUUCGAGAAAAAAUUGACAAUGCUAUAAGUUACUUUCGUGAGUUGUCAAUUCAACUCGUUAUGUUAUAUCAUUUUGAACCAGAUAAGCAAGGACAUACAUAUGGUCCAGAUUCACCGAAAGUACGCGAUACAUUAAUUCGUCUUGAUGGUGAUAUUGAAUAUUUACUGUAUAAAGUUAAGUGUGAACUCAACGAUGAUUUAAAUAUAAUUAUACUUUCUGAUCAUGGUAUGACUAAAGUAAAAAGGGUGAUUCGACCCUUUGUCGACAAAUAUCUUAAUAAAAAAUCAGUUGAAACAUCUAUUCUUUCCGGUGCACUAUUCAAUGUAAUGCCAAGAACUGGACUCACUGAAGCAGUAUACAAUAGUCUUAGAAAUAUUCCUAAUGUUACAGUAUUUAAACGUAAUGAAAUUCCUGAACGUUAUCGUUAUUCAAAACCAGAGCAUCGACUUGGGGAAAUAACUGUAUUACCAAAUUCAGAAGGCCUAAUUCUAUCCUCAGCUACAAAAAUUAAAUCCUAUAAUAAAAAAGGUAAUCAUGGAUGGGAUAACACGUUAGCAUCUAUGCAAGCUAUAUUUAUGGCUCGUGGUCCUUCCUUUAGUAUAAACGUUUCAAUUCAUUCUCUUCAUAGUGUUGAUAUUUAUCAUAUUGCGUGUUACAUUCUUAAACUUCAUCCGAAUCCUCAUGCUACUGCCGGUUCAAUCGUUCACCUUAUUGAUAUCUUCCGUCCAAAUGAAAAUACAACGACACUAAGCACACUGACAUCCGCUAGUGACACAAUAGUUAGAUUAACAACAAUGAUAAAGAAUAAUUGUUACUUUCAUUCCACGCAUUUAUCUAAAGUUCUACUUAUUUUAAUAGUAUUAUCUUUCCCUAUUUCAAGAAUAUUUGAAUAA